CUAGUUGUGUGGCAGUGAGCUCCAAGCUUUAAAAACAAAAAAAACAAUAUGGCGGCGUCCAGCGUUUUCAGACCGGGUCUUUUCAGGCACAAAGUGGCGAUAGUGACCGGAGGAGGCACCGGUAUCGGUAAAGCCAUUUCUGAAGAGUUGCUGGAGCUCGGCUGCAAUGUGGUGAUCUCCAGUCGAAAGACAGAGAGACUGGUGGCAGCAGCGCAGGAGAUGAGGAGUAAAAUGUCUCCAUCCAACUCUGCCCGUGUCAUUCCGCUGCCCUGUAAUAUUCGCAAUGAAACUGAAGUGAAGGACCUUGUGUCUUCUGUGCUCAAGGAGUUUGGCAGAAUAGACUUUUUGGUGAAUAAUGGAGGAGGUCAGUUCAGCAGCCCAGUGGAGCACAUGACCUACAAGGGCUGGAAAGCUGUGGUAGACACCAACCUUAAUGGAACAUUUCACUGCUGUAAAGAGGUUUUUACUGCGUGGAUGAAAGAGCACGGAGGUGUGAUUGUCAACAUCAUCGCCAACAUGUGGAACGGAUUCCCAGGCAUGGCACAUACAGGUGCAGCCAGGGCAGCUGUGGAAAACUUAACAAAAACUCUGGCCAUCGAGUGGGCAUCUGCAGGAAUCCGAGUGAACGCUGUUGCACCUGGUACAAUAUUCUCACAAACUGCAAUGGAGAACUACAAAGAGUUUGGCGAAAAGCUUUUUAAGAUGUCCAUUCCAAAUAUACCCGCAAAGAGGCUGGGACUACCUGAGGAGAUUUCAUCGGCAGUGUGUUUCCUGCUCUCUCCUACUGCUUCCUUUAUCUCUGGAGCAACACUGAAGGUUGAUGCCGGACAGAGUCUGUACCACUCAAUGUGGCAAAUACCAGAACACAGUGCAUGGCCUGAAGCUCCAAGUGGAGAAAACCUGGAGUGUGUGAAGAAGCUGCUGAAACUAAAAAGCAAUAUAUGAUCAGUUUGUGGAUUGUGAAGUUGUUUCGUGUUUGUCAUGUCAUUUGUUAUGAGCACAAACUUCCAAAUGUUGAUAUAUUCAGUGACUCUUCAUCUGCCACACAGUUGCGAAUUUUACCGUGAUCAUGACUGUGAAUAUUUUAUCACAAAAAGUCUACUACGAUAUUUCAUAUUAAUGUUAAAAAAAUAUGUUGCAAACUCCUAAGAUGGCCUCAUAUUUAGGAUCAGCCUUUAAU